AGUAGAAGAGCAGUUGGACGCCGCCAUGAACCCGAAUAGGGAACCGGAGCGUGGAGACCUCAUUGAAAUCUCUAGAAAAGGAUAUCAGCACUGGGCAAUUUAUGUUGGAGAUGGAUAUGUGCUUCACCUGGUCAAAAUCUCUGAGCAUGGUGACUCAGGGACCAGCUGUGCGAAGCCAGGGAAAGAUGGCAGGGCCACAGUGAAGAAAGAAAAACUUGAGGAUGUGGCUAACAAUGAUGAAUACCGUAUCAACAAUCGUCUGGAUAACCAAUAUGAGCCACGUCCCAUUAAAGAUAUUCUACAGGAUGCAGAAAAUCUUGUGGGAAGGGAAUUUCCAUAUAAUGUGUUAUCAAGCAACUGUGAGCACUUUGCUACGCUGGUGAGAUACGGAAAUCCACUAUCCCAGCAGGUGCAAGAUCUUGCUGCUUCAGCGGUUGUCUUUGGAAUCCUUGCUAUGGCAACUUAUAGAAAAAAAUAG